CUCUCAGUCCCAGCACCGUUAGGGUGGACUCGCACACUAGAGAGUAGAGUAGAGAGAGAAGCCUUUGUACUCUCUCUCUAGCUCUCGGUCGUCUUCGUCGCCAAGUAUGCUGUCCUAGGGUUUUCAAACUUAGGGUUCUCAAUCUUCAUGUCUCCCUCGCUCGUUUAGACUUUGGCUUCUUCGUUGUUUCUCUUGAUUCCACUCUAGUUGGAUCUUCGCUUCGAGGAGUUGCUCUCGAGUUCCACAAGAAUGGGCGACGCAGCUGAGGCCCUCACCCAGUUUGAUAUAUCGAAGGAGGAAACGGACAAGCUUGUUGCAGAGGUGAUCAGAUUCAUACUCUUCAAGUCCCAGCAGAACUCAGGAUGCCCGAUUAAACGGGAAGAGCUCACUCAGAUAGUUACUAAGAACUAUCGUCAGCGUAACCUUGCCACUUGUGUGAUCAACGAGGCCAAGAACAAGCUCUCGAGCAUAUUCGGUUAUGACCUGAAAGAGCUUCAGCGCUCUCGCCCUUCUUCCACAGGCCAAGCCAGGCCUUCGCAGCCACAAAGUGCCGUCGAUAUGAAAUCAUAUGUUCUGGUGAGUCAAUUACCCGUGGAGGUGUUCAGGAAGUACGUUCAGGACGAAAACACGGCUCAUAUGACUGGUUUCACAUUUGUAGUCCUCGCUAUUGUGCAUCUUGCUGGAGGUAAAAUCCCUGAAGAAACCCUUUGGCAUCACUUGAGGCGGCUGGGGCCGCAUGAAAGCGAAGAGCAUAAUCCAGUAUUCGGGGACAACAAGCAGGCCCUGGAGACAUUAGUCCAGCAAAGGUUCUUGCAGAAGGACAAGGUGAGUGGUCCAGAGGGGACUACUUUGUGUUAUGAACUUGCAGAGAGAGCAUUGGAUACUCAAGUUAAGGAGAAGAUCAAAGACUACAUUUCGCAGGUCAUGAAUAAAGACGUGGCCUCUGUAGAGAUUGAUUAGUGCGAUUCAAGUAAAAGACAGAGCAAGCGGAUUGAUGCAAGAUUUUGAAAGGAUACUGGAGUGAAAAUGUAAAGGGUUUUGUCUGAUCUUGUUUAAAAACCUUUCAAUGGCUCCAUCAAGCUCUCUCCAGGUGAAUUUCAGGAACAAGGCCAGUGUAGGUAGAAUCCAAUGGCGAUGCAGAUUCUUGCCCAUGAAAAAGGGCAGUUCUCUUACUCCGUUGUUGUUUUGGUAAUAAUCCCAUGAUUCCGCCUGGUUGCUGCCACAUGAAUAUCCAAAUGGAACUCAGGCAAGAACAAAUGCCUUACCAGUAACAUUACUAUGAAAUGCCACAAGAGAACCGUGGCUUCUUGAGCCUCGAAUCUCAUUGCUGAA